AUGGGCACAACGCCCCCUUCCGCUCAAGUCGUACCCUGUACCUAUGAGCAGUCGGAGCAAUCGGUUAUGCUAUCAAAAUCAAAGCCGAAGCAACGGAUAUAUAAAGAAGCCCCAGAAUUCUAUCGCCCGCAAAAGAUUAGACCAGUAUCAGCUCAUCCCAGCCUAGGCGUGGCAAGAUCAGAGCAUACUGUUGCACCAUUUCCUAGUACAAAGAGUUCCGAAUUAGGGGGCAAUCCACCAUCUUCGGUUAUACCAUCUACUGUCCCGGAUGUGGUUCCACAGAGGAGUCCUCCUACUUGGCAAGUUAACCGACCUAAUUCUCCAUCCGGGGAUGCUCAUGUUAGCCACGAUAGUAUCGAAGCCCCGGAUUCUCCACAAACUCAACCGCCUUCACCUGAAUACAACCCUCCAACGCCACAGCUCAGAUCUUCGCCACCUGUUCUACCUAUUCCUCGAAUUGCAUCACCAGUCAUUAGUCAAACACAUUUAGUAUCGCAAACGCCAUUUAUCCGUUACACUAUAACGUACCCAAACUACAAUGGAAGCGUCAAUGACUUUGUGACUGCUUGCAUGUACAUCCAACUCCAACAGCGAAGGAUACGAACGUCAUUGUAUGAUGACUUUGUUCGAGCGUGGCAUGAAGGUUAUCUGCCAUAUGUUAAGGAAUGCGACGAUGCAGAGCCACCCGUGAAGGCGUUGAAUGCCAUUGAUUGGUAUAAUCAGAUUGACGAUGAUCCAGUAUUUACAUCGCGAAUUAUCACAAAACAAAAUCUCGAUUCAACUCUUAAUUCUUAUCCAGAUGAGCUCAGCUCAGCUCGGGGACUCCUGGGCCUAUCAUCAGGACAGUCUCAAGGUCUGAGAAGCACUCCAGAUGCUACUCUUCUAGCGAAAAGUCACAUCUCCUCUCCAAAAUUUACCGUCACGGUAGACGCCAUGCUGAGCGGAGAAGGUCAAGAUAUUCCAGCAGUAGAGACGGCUAAAAUUGCAUCUAAUGAUGUCCCCUCAACGACUAUACACACAUCACCGAAGCCAAACCACAAAAAGAUUAUCCCAGUCAACCAAUCGAUGGGAGAGAUUAGGCCAAGGCCAACUAAACCUAAGGUUCUUGCGCGAUCUUUCUCCGAAACAUCUCGUUACAAGAGAAAAUCAAGCGAAGAGCUCAAUCCUUCCCCGCCUAAGAGGGUAUCAGUCAACUCCCUAGCUAGACUCGACUCUGGGAGUAAUACAGCCGCUGCGAAGCCCGAAGUCCCUGAAAAUCUAGCUCGAGGUUCUCCCACGCCUAGUUCUACAGCGGAGAGAAAGAGGAAAUACGCCAACGACCCAAAGAAGAGAAGCGAGUCGUUCAAAAAGUUCUUGAAAAGGCGGCAUAAGUGGGAAAAGGACAGUAUUGCGAGCUCGGCACCUGUGAGGAAUACUCCGACGUCUGCCCAGAAAGAAUAG